AUGCGCCCGGCGCUCGGCAACCCUCGCCGCGUCUCGUCGUCGUCCGGCUCCUUCCCGCCGCCCCCCGCCGCCGCCCGGCUGCAGCCCCUCUUCCUCCGGGGGGGCCCCUCCCGCGGCCGGAGGGGCUCGGGCGACAGCAGCACCAGCACCAGCACCAGCCGGGCGGGAGGCGGCGGCAGACGCGGCGGGGGCGGCUCGGCGAGCAGCAGCACGGGCGCGGAGCGCGAGGACGACGACGAGAGCACCAGCGCCAGCAAGCCUCUCGUGCCGGCCGCCGCCGCCGCGCUCCCGGGGCCCCCGGGUCAGGGGGGCGCCCCGGCCGCCCCCGCCGCCGCGCCCGCCGCCUUCUCCUCCUCGGCCGCCACCUCCUCCUCCUCCGCGUCCACGCCCACCUCCUCCUGCAGCAUGACCGCCGGGGACUUCGGCGCGGGCGCUGCGGCCGGGGCCGUCGGGGCGCCGGGGGGCCGCUCGGCGGGGGGCGCGGGCGGCGCGGGGGCCGGCCUGGCGGCGGCCGGGGCCGCCGGCGAGUUCGCCUUCGCCUACCUGGCCUGGCUCAUCUACUCCAUCGCCUUCACGCCCAAGGUGGUGCUCAUCCUGGGCACGUCCAUCCUGGACCUCAUCGAGCUGCGCGCGCCCUUCGGCACCACCGGCUUCCGCCUGACGAUGGCGCUGUCGGUGCCGCUGCUCUACAGCCUGGUGCGGGCCAUCAGCGAGGCGGGCGCCCCGCCGGGCUCGGCCGGACCCCUGCUGCUGCAGCCCCAGCGGCACCGCGCCGCCGGCUGCUUCCUGGGCACGUGCCUGGACCUGCUCGACGGCUUCACCCUGGUGGAGCUGACGCUGGACGGCCGCGUGCCGCUGCCCGCGCACCUGCGCUACCUGCUUCUCGCCGUCUACUUCCUCACGCUCGCCUCGCCGGUGCUCUGGCUCUACGAGCUCAACGCCUCGUCCUGGGGCCAGGCCCCGGGGCCCGGCAGCUGCAGCCGCCUGCUGCGCCUGCUGGGCGGCUGCCUGGUGGACGUGCCCCUGCUGGCUCUGCGCUGCCUCCUGGUGGUGAGCUACCAGCAGCCCCUCUCCGUCUUCCUGCUCAAGAACCUCUUCUUCCUCGGCUGCCGCGGCCUGGAGGCCCUGGAGGGCUGCUGGGACCCGGGCAGCCGGGCCUCGCCCAGCCGGGCCAGAGGGGGCUACGGCGCGCCGCCCUCCGCCCCGCCGCCGCCGCCGCCGCCGCCGCCUCAGGGAGGCUCCCAGCUGGGCCACUGCAUCUCGGAGAACGAGGGGGGCGCCCACGGCUAUGUCAACACUCUGGCGGUGGCCUCCCAGAAUUGAGGGGGCGAAGGGCAGGGGGCCUCGCUGCUGGGCUGGGAG